GCCCUUUUCAGAAGCCAUAGGCUCCGGUGCAGCGUUUGCGAAUUUCUUCUGCUUUCGUGGAGCUGAGAUGGACAAGGACUAUGAUGCCUCCCUGGCGAAAUGCAACUUGGACCUUCAAUUGUAUCCCAACUUCGAGAACGUGCAUGGACCAUCACGCAGAUAUCGGCAUUCGCCUCGAAGAGCUUAUGAUCCGAUUGAGAAGGACGGCCGGUACGCCUAUGUCAUCAUGGGCGUCACAAGUCAGGCCCUGAUGCAGCUCGUCCUUCGGCGCCGUCUUCGCCUUCCAGAGGAGCCUCAGGCGGAAGCGACGGGCGAGGAAGAGGACCUUCCGGAGCAUCCUUCUAUGUCUCCUGAUGAUGAGGAUUCCUUCGACCCUGGUGUGGAUGCUAAGUCGAGUUGGCGUCGAAGGAAAGACAAGAAGAAGGAUGAUGAGGAUGACGAGAGCGAUGACAGUGCAGCAAUGCUGGCGGACCUGGAGGUGUGGGAUCGUUACGAGGAAGGCCUCCAGGAGGUGUUGCCACCUGAGGUGCUUGGAUGGUUGUUGUUGAGGAGGGCAAACCUUCCCACCAGUGCUCGCCUUUCGAUUCAGGCGGCGGCCGGAAACUCGUUGCUCUUCACCGACAUUGAGCGUGCCAUGCGAGCAAUGGAAGAUGAGCUCAUGGUGCAUGACGAUUCCCGUCGACAGCCCCAGCAUCAGAAACGCAGGUCUUUCUGGGUUGAAGAAGACGGAGACUGGAGUCUACUCUUGACUCCAGAAGAGGACCUGCAGGACGUGAUUUCUUCCUCGGAGAUCCUGCAUGUGGGUUCCAGGCUCCCCCAGGAUGUCUAUUUUCAGCAGGAACCUGAUGCUUUCCAGGGUCAGCUCGAAACAGGAUUUUGGCAUCAAGAGGAUGAUGGAGCCUACUCCUAUUGGGAGCUUGCCGAGGAUGGCGAGUACUACACGCAGGACCCGUCUGGAUUGUUCUGGGCGUGGCAUGAUUGGGAUGAACUUGGAGCGACGGCUUCCGGUGGCGGCCCAUCAGACGGGCCCAAGGAACCCGAAGAUGCUUUCUCCUUGAGCGACCCCAAGUCCCGGACCUUCACUCAGGCUCGGCAAGCAGUGAGGGCUCAGAAGCUGUCCCGAGGUUUUUAUCCGUUUAAUCCUUCCAUGAAAGGAAAAUCUCGGGGCAAAGGCAAGGGCAAGGGCAAAUCUAAGGGCAAGGGCUUCUCCUCGAAGUCUCAUGCAGCCCCAGUCCUUGCGGCGACCGGUGAGAUCUAUGCUCAACCAGGUGAUCCCUCCUUUACCGGAUGCUUUGUAUGUGGCGCUAAGGACCAUUCAUGGCGAUCCUGUCCCAAGAGGUCCGGAUCAAGUAAGGGAGGGGGAAAAGGUAAAGGGGGCCGGAGCUUCUUCUCUGAGAGCAUCUUUAUGAUCCAGUCGGAGAAUGAUGAUCUCCUGCCCGAAGACCAGACCAUCGAGCCUCCAGCCGUGCAGACGAUGCCUUUCUCCAGUGGUGACUUUGAACCCGCCACAGCACGCUUGGAGCUCUCCAGGACUGGGAUGUGUGAUUUCAGAUGGGAUCCACCCGCAUGUCAUACACUGCAGGAGCGAGUGACUUCAGUAUGUCCGUCCACUCACGAUUUUUCUUCUGCCUGGGUGGUGACCUCGCAUGAGAUAGGAGGCGCUUUUGCAUCCAACAGUGGGGAUCAACACCAAAGAGGGCAUGCAGUCAUCGACUCAGGAGCUACCGAGACUGUUGGCUCACUUCCUGCGAUUGAGGACUUGAUGAGGUUCAGAUUUGAAGUGAGCGGGACUCCUGAUCACUUUGCGAUUUCGGAUACGCCUCCCAGGAGAUUUCGCUUUGGCAAUGGCUCAGUCGGAUUCUCAUUGUCACAUGUGCUGAUCCCACAGGACUUAGGAGCCAACCGCGUUGAUUUGGGGGUAUACUCUCUAGAUGUGGAAAAGGUUCCAAUCCUGAUCGGCAUCCGCACCCUGAAAGCGCUCAGAACCGUCUUGGAUUGCAGUCAGGCAGUGGCUGUCUUCGCUGCUUUAGAUGCUACAGUCGGUGUGCGAUUGCGGAGAAGUGCAUCGGGACAUUUGCUGUUGGAUCUGAGUAAGAACUGGUUGCAGGACUCUGUUUCCAUUUUGGCACCGACAACAGGAAUCCUGAUCGCCUCAACCGAGCCUCAAGAUCAGGAGAAAAAGGAGGAUUCAGUCUUUGUUGUGGAGCCAGAUCCAGUGCACUUUCGUUCAGAAUCCCAUGUGGAUCCACAUGUGCAAGCUCCUUCCGAAGCUGUCGAACUUCCCGCAGUCCUUUUUCAUUCUCGAGGAUCAGGACACUCGGCUUCCGUCGUGACAGCCUCGAACCCCGGUGACUCCACCUCGGACUUCAGCAAGAGGACGGAGGAAUCCACCGAGAAGGCGAUCGCCAUGGCCAAGGCAUCGAUCCGGAACACGUCGACCCCGAAGUCCAAGGCGAAGGCCAAGGAGUCGAAAUCCAAGGAGAAGGCCCCGGAGCUCGACUGGGAUCGCAUCGAGGAGGGCAACCCCAAGGAUGCUCGUCUUCAUGGAAGUCCUUGCCAUGGAAGCCAUCAGAUCAAGACGCGCUCCAAUCAGCACGCCAUGUGGCAGUGGUGCGAGAGGUGCGGGGUUCGCCUUUGCUAUGUGCCGAGGGCUGGCAAAACGGGGUUGCAUCGAGCUGCCGGUCCUCUUGCCGCGGAUGUCCAGUCGAUCACGUACGAGGUGAGCCAGACGGAGGAGCUUGCCUACAAUCCCAGGCUGAAGGACCAGGCGAUCGGACUUCAAGCAGCGGAGAACUCAGCCCUACGCCAGCUCGAGCACAUCAGGGCGCAGAAGGAAAAGGUGAUCCCGAAGAACGCGGCUCCGGCGAUGAGGCCCAGUUCCCAGCCGAAUGCGGCGAAGACAUCAGGUCCGAUCCCGAACGGCCCUGCACCUUCCUUGCCUACGGUGCCAGCCGAAGUGGUGGAUGUGGACCAGGAAGCAGCCACGCCGGCCGAUCCGGAGACUCUUCCCGCGAACCCGGCGAACAAGCGCCACCAGGCGAACUCAGCCGAGAGCCUGGAAUACGCUCAGAGGACCGGGGAGGCCUGUGCGAUCGACAUGCCUUCAGUUUCGCUGAGUGUGACCGGCUGCUUCAUCAGUUGGAUGUCCGAGAUCUUGUACAUCACUCUUGCCAAGAAGUCUGGGAUGAGGUGGUUGAGUUGGGCGGCCCUCGUGACAGUCGCCUGUGUCAAUUACUAUGCCAACAAGGAGGCACUGGCUAUGCUGCGAAUCUUCAGUCCGGUUUUGAUCUUGGGACAAAAGGUGGUUUCCAUCGAGCCCUCCAGCAACUCCGUGAACUUAGACCGCAAGUUGCAUGGAUUCAGCUUCCUGCUGGACCAGCCAGGUAUGGCCUACGCCGUGACUUCCCAGAAGGAAGCUCUCGAAGGCGUGACCAAGUCUGAGCUCGGGGGCUUGCUAGACACGGUGCAGAAGCUUCAUCGAAGGUUUGGACAUCCCACCAACAGCUUGCUGGUCAAGAACUUGCGAGCCCGAGGUGCCUCCCCAAAACUUCUUGCAGUCGCCGCAGAAUUUAAAUGUGAUGUUUGUUUGGAGAAUCAGAUCCGUGCUUCAGCUCCCUCGGCUAGCCUGGAACGGGAGGACCGACUCUGGUGUGCUCUUCAGAUAGAUGGUUUCUACAUGUCUUUUGGACAGGAAGUUUUCCACUUUCUUUUGAUGGUCGAUGAGGCGUCGGGCUUCUGUCAAGUUGAAGAGGUGAUGCGCCAUUCGGAGAAAGAGUCUCGGAAUGUCACGACCGCGCAGGUGGUGAAAACCCUCGAAUCGAGAUGGUGCCAGUUGUUUGGAUUCCCAGAAACUAUCAAACUGGACCCCGAGGGUGCAUUCCGCGGACUAGAUCUGGGCGAGUACUGCGCUUCCCGUGGCAUCGAGCUAGGUUUCGUGCCUGCGGAGUACCACCAGGGCAUUUCCGAGGCCGAAAGAACCAUAGGCACGAUCCGCCGGAAGAUUGAAACAUUUCUUCGUGCGGAACAGUAUGCGCCCUCUCGUGCGGCUGCUCAGAUGGUUGCAGCUCACAACACCUUGGCCAGAACCUCGGGAUUCAGUCCGGCACAAUGGGCCUUCGGCAGAGACGCAUCCAUUACAGGCCACAGCCGGGAACGAGAUGGAGAAGUGUGUGCCCGAAGUGCUAUGGCCGAUCCCUCCCAUGCCAUGCACGAGGCUCUGGAAUUGAGGACCAAGGCGGAGAAGGCCUUCUUGGAGUACCGGGCCCGAAACUUGGCAUCUCGAGCAUUGAAUUCCAAGACAAGACCUUCCAAGCAUUUCCUACCUGGAGACAUCAUUUUCUACCAGAGGUUCCAGACCCCACAAGACACCCCCGCAAACACUACCGUAGACCGUCCAAGAUUGAAUAUCGCGAGAUUCUACGGUCCAGGUCGGGUGUUGGCCACGGAGACACGAGUGGACUUUGAGGAUGGUGUUCGCAAGGCUGGAGCUAUUGUGUGGGCGGUCUGCAAUGGGAGGUUGAAGAAGUUCCAUCACUCCCAGGUGAGACAUGCCUCUGAGACUGAACGUCUUGUGGCAGAAGGCUCCAACGCCAUUGCUUUUCCGUGGACAUUUGCAUCAUUGGCGGAUUUGCUUGAGAAAGGCUCGUAUGAUGACGAGUCGAUUCCCAGGCAUAGACCGCGUGGGCGUUCGAGAACUCCCGCGAGAUCAAGAUCCUUGCCACCCACGGCCCGAAGACGCAUUGACAUGCCAGAACCGCCUGUGCCUCAAGAUUCUCCUUCUCAAGAUCAACCUGAGGAUCCUCCGGAAGAAGAAGAAUUAAUAGAAGUUCCAACCAGCUCAGGUGCCAAGAGAGACGCUCCUGACCCUUCCGUGGAUGAGGAUAUGGAGCUCAUCCCGGCUCCGGGCUCAAAAGAAGGAAGCGGUGUCUCUUCGAUCAACAUGGCACGGUUUCUGAAUGAUCCUCAGUACUUCCCGGUGGAAUUUGUGAACCUUGAGGCCGAGGACGAGGCAUCGUUGUUUCAGAUUGCAUCCACUUCUGAAGAUAAUGAGGCAUACCCCGGCUCUGUGCUCGCCGUGACUCUCGAAGCUCCCGCUACGGAGGCUGAGUGGAAAUCUCUAGUCAAGAGUCCUAAGAAAUUCUUGGCAAAAUCCGUUCAGAAGGGUGUGGAAGUCAGCUAUGCAAAACUCAACCCUCAACAGCGCCGUGCGAUGGAUGAGGCGAUGAAGGUUGAAGUUGAUAACUGGAUGAAGACGAUGGCGGUGAAAGCAGCCCGACAGUAUGUUCCUCAGCGUGAACUUCUGAAAAUGAGGUGGGUCUUGACCUUUAAAAGUGCGGCCCAGGAAUCGAAUGAUGCCAAUGGCAGUUCCCCUGAAGUGCACAAGGGCAAUGCGGUUCAGGGGGAGCGGAUCAAAGCCAAGGCACGCAUAGUUAUCCUCGGAUAUUCAGACCCAAACUUGCUUGAAGCAACAACCGUUAGCCCGGCUAUGACUCGUUUGUCACGGCAGCUCCUGCUGAACAUGGCCGCAGCCAAGAAGUGGGAUAUUCUGUGUGGAGACGUCAAAUCGGCAUUUCUGCAAGCGAAGUCUCCGCAGGCUGAUCGUUGCAUCUUUGCGGCGCCCGUUCCCGAACUCAGCAAGGCCCUGAAUCUCCGGGAAGGGCAAGCAGUUCAGCUUCUUCGGUCAGUAUACGGAUUAGUUUCAGCUCCGAGGGAGUGGUAUGAAGAUGUUCAUAAGACGCUUGUGACUCUGGGCGCAGAACGCCUGGCCACCGACAAUUGCGUGUGGAGAGUGCGAGACUCCACCACCGGUCAGAUCGUCGGACUCAUCUCCAGUCAUGUCGAUGAUUUUCUGAUGUGCGGCGAGAACUCCUCUAAGGUUUGGAAAGACUUCUUGUUUGCCUUCGGCAAGAGCUAUGAGUGGUCACCCUGGGAAUAUGGACACUUCAAGCAUUGUGGGGUGUCCAUCAUGCAACACCCCGAUAGCUCAAUCUCCUUGGAUCAUAGUGCCUUUUGUCAGGAGCUCAAGCAGAUGAACCCGAUUCGCGGUGAACGGAAGCUGACAGCCGAGGAGGUGAGUCAGGUGAAGGCCAUAUUGGGCAGCGUGCAAUGGAGGGUAUACCAAACAGCUCCACAGCAUGCUGCCAAGCUCAGCUAUCUGCAGAGUCUGAUUGCUUCACAGGACUCCUCGAUCGUGGAGCAGGUGAACAAACUUGUCAGGGAGGUAUAUGCCUCCAGAAGCCUGGGUGUCCAAGUACAAGCUCUAGGAGCAGGUGACCCUGAAGAUCUUUGCAUGGUGGGUUGGUCCGACGCCAGUUUGGCCAACAGGCCAGACCUUUCCUCAACAGGCGGCUUCAUGAUAGGGAUGAUGAAUCGUCGUGCCCUCGAAGCUGGAUCGGGUCGUGUCAACCCGGUAUCAUGGCGCAGUGGUAAGUUGCAUCGCAUAGCAAGAAGUUCAUUAUCGGCAGAGGCUCAGUCACUAGCUGAUACAGAGCAAGAGCUCUUCUUUGCCAGGCUCGAGUGGCGAGAGAUGCUCGGAGAUCAGCUUGACCUACGACAACCCGAGUCUUGUGCCUCCAAGGUCUGA